CCGCAGGAGGAGCCGCGGGCUGGCAGCCGAUCCGGCGUCUCCGUGACAGGCACCCUGCUCCGCCGUCGCCGCCGCUGCCUUUCUUCCUCGUCCCGGGCUGCGCGCGCCGAGCUCGGGAUCGGGCUCCGGGUCUAGCCCCGCUCCGGGCCGUGCGCCCUUCGCUCGGCGUCGCGGUCGGGGGCUCCGUGCCACCCGCUCCCGCCUCCCGGCCGCCUGGCCGCCUCCCGGUAGCCAGAGCUCAGCCACCAAGCAGCUCACACCAGCCGCAUCUGAGCCGCCCUUGCCGCUCGGCCCUCUGCUUCGCUCCGGGUUCCCCCCAGCCACCGCCUGGCACCCAGGCUACCCACUGCACGACCCAGGUCCUCGCCGCUACCUCGCCUGGCCCCACUGUUCCCUCUCCCGGGUCUCGCCAGCUCUUUCUUGCCGCCGCCACCGCCACCGCCGCCCCUUAAACAGCGGGUCCACCGCGGGUCACCAUGCCCAGCAAAACCAAGUACAACCUUGUGGACGACGGGCACGACCUGAGGAUCCCUCUGCACAACGAGGACGCCUUCCAGCACGGCAUCUCUUUUGAGGCCAAGUACGUGGGAAGCUUGGAUGUGCCGAGACCCAACAGCAGGGUGGAGAUCGUGGCUGCCAUGCGCAGAAUCCGGUAUGAGUUUAAAGCCAAGAACAUCAAGAAGAAGAAAGUGAGCAUCAUGGUCUCCGUGGAUGGUGUGAAAGUGAUUUUGAAGAAGAAGAAAAAGCUUCUUUUAUUGCAGAAAAAGGAGUGGACAUGGGAUGAGAGCAAGAUGCUGGUGAUGCAGGACCCUAUCUACAGGAUCUUCUAUGUCUCCCAUGAUUCCCAAGACUUGAAAAUCUUCAGCUAUAUCGCACGGGAUGGGGCCAGCAAUAUCUUCAGGUGUAAUGUCUUUAAGUCCAAAAAGAAGAGUCAAGCUAUGAGAAUCGUGCGGACGGUGGGCCAGGCCUUUGAAGUCUGCCACAAGCUGAGCCUGCAGCACACCCAGCAGAAUGCAGAUGGCCAGGAAGAUGGGGAGAGUGAGAGGAACAGCGAUGGCUCAGGAGACCCAGGCCGCCAGCUUCCUGGAGCCGAGAGGGCCUCCACAGCUACGGCUGAAGAAACUGACAUCGAUGCUGUGGAGGUUCCACUCCCUGGGAAUGACAUUCUCAAGUUCAGUCGUGGGGUGACGGACCUGGAUGCUGUAGGGAAGGAAGGAGACAUAGACUCUACGGUCUCACCCAGUCCUCAGGAACCCAUGCUGACAGCCUCACCCCGCAUGCUGCUCCCUUCUGCUUCCUCGAAGCCACCAGGCUUGGGCGCAGGGACGCCCCUGUCUACUCACCACCAGAUGCAGCUCCUCCAGCAGCUCCUCCAGCAGCAGCAGCAGCAGACGCAAGUGGCUGUGGCCCAGGUUCACUUGCUGAAGGAUCAGUUGGCUGCUGAGGCUGCGGCACGGCUGGAAGCCCAGGCGCGAGUGCACCAGCUCCUGCUGCAGAACAAAGACAUGCUCCAGCAUAUCUCUCUGCUGGUCAAGCAAGUGCAGGAGCUGGAGCUGAAGCUGUCAGGACAGAAUGCCAUGGGCUCCCAGGACAGCUUGCUGGAGAUCACCUUCCGCUCAGGUGCCCUGCCUGUGCUCUGUGAACCCACCACCCCUAAGCCAGAAGACCUACACUCGCCGCUGCUCGGUGCUGGCUUGGCUGACUUUGCCCACCCAGCGGGCAGUCCCUUAGUUGACCACAGCAUGUUUGAGAAUCUGAACACAGCCCUCACUCCAAAGCUCCAGUCCAGCCGUUCCUUCCCGCACCUGUCCAGAACUGUGGCCCCAAACUCCAUCACCCCUGGCUCUGCAGAACCAGGAGGACCAGGACUGAGGGUGGGCAGCAGUCAGCACCUUAAGAACCUGGGCAAAGCCAUGGGGGCCAAGGUCAAUGACCUCCUGCGAAGAAAGGAGCCCUCAAGCCUGGGCAGUGUGGGUGUGACGGAGAUUAACAAGACCGCUGGGGCCCAGCUGGCUGGCGGGGAAGAUGCGGCCUGUGGAGCCUGGCUAGAGGAUGAAAGGUCUGUCCAAGAAGCCUUCCCUCUGCUGGACCCUCCACCUCCCAUAACCCGGAAGCGAACCCCUCGGGCUCUGAAGACCACCCAGGACAUGCUGAUCUCAUCACAGCCUGUCCUAAGCAGUCUCGAAUACGGGACAGAAUUGUCACCUGAGCAGGCCCAGGACUCUCCCCCCACUGCCCGGCCUGUCUCUGCAGAUACCUCUCGGCCAGAGUCUAUCAGUGAAGUGGGAGACAGGAAAGAGGCUCUGCCCAAUGGGGAGGUGUCCCUGUUGGUGCCUGACCUAAUACACAAGAGCAACCAGGAGGAAGCCAAGCUGAAAGCUAAUGAGUGCAGAAAAACCUCCUCCCCGGCUCCAAUUGAGAGGAACGGCCUCAAACUCAGCUUGAGCCCCAUCAGCCUGGCUGAGUCCUUGGAGAACAACAGCCCACCUCCACAGGCACGGACCUGCAGCCUUGACAAGGAGGGGCUUCACCCAGACCUGCUGUCCUUCGAGUAGUGUGCCUUGGCUUCCCUACUGAGCACGUUCUUCACUGUGUCCUCCACUGCACACAGGUCCUUUGUCCCAGCUCUGCCACGCCCUCAUCUUCCUUGUGGAAGGCAGAACAGAGCCCCCCCUUUCUACCUGAGGGGUUUGCAGGACCAGAUGGCCAGAAGUAGUCCCAGUUAAGGAGUCUGCAGAAUGGCAAAGGAUCCUACUUCUCUGUAAGAUCUUCUGGCUGUUGCUGGGACUCAUCAUCCACUCUCAGGCUUGUCCCAGCUUCCUACGGAAUUACGGGGCCACCAGCCUAGGAGGAUGGGCCUGGCAGAAAUUCUCUUUGCUGUCUGAUUAGAUGCAUAUGCUCUCUGUUCUUUCAUCCCCAAUCCCCACCCCAAUCCCUGAUUCUGCCCCUUUCCUCCACAAUGGUGCCAGGACUCCCUGCCUUGAUGGCAGUACUGCUAGGGAAGAUUGGUAGGUUUGGCUUGAUAAUGGGAAAGGCCUGACUACAACCUGAUCAUAGUUCCUUCAGUCUCUAGGCCACGUGGAGCCCUAGCCACCAUCAUGCCUCUGUUUCUGGGUUAGGGCUAGAGGAUGUUCUUCCCAGGCUUGGGACCUUGAGGACUACCUCAAAGAUUGAACCUUGCUUGUCACCAGGGUCCCCAGGGUUUUCCCAUCCAGUUAGACGUAGCCCUACCUCUCUGGAUAGACACUUAGGAAAAUGGUAUGGGCAGUUGUGCUGGGGUU